CUUUACCAAUUAUCUGCAGAUAAAUUGACGAGGCAUCAUUGGGAAGAGGACAUUUAAUCUAGCGAUGUGCCUGGGUCAGGGGUCAAGGGAAACACAAAUCAACCAAAGGUAAAGGGCGGCAGAGUUCAUACCGGACACGCCAGGUCGCUGUGGCAAAGAGGUCUGAGAGCACCCAAUGUUUGGUGUCAUGAUUCAGCGUCGACUUCCCCGUCUGAUGAUCAAGACAGGAUGUGUCGGCGCAUGCGUACUCACUCUGCUGCUCUCUUACCAGGCAAUCUUUGACUCAACCUCUUUACGCUACAAAGGUCAAAGGUUGCAACCGAGCCGUGUUAUUUACAGGCUGGUCUCGCCCGGAAACCAGAGCCACCACCAAGUCCUGCCCAAUGCCACUGUGCUCCGGUCCCUGUCGUGGCCCCUGCUGGCAGAACAGUAUCACAGGUACAUAGAAAACAUUCAAACUCUCUGUACCCGGAUGGUACGCGUGGGGAACCUCAAAGAUGGUGGCUGGGAGGUGUGUGAUGACGUGGCAUAUCGGCCCCGGACGCCUUGCCUCAUCUACUCCUUUGGUAUCAAGAACGACUUCAGCUUCGAUGACGAAGCGGCUCGCCGAUAUGGCUGUCAUGUGCAUUCUUUUGAUCCCAGUACCAAAAUGCACGACCACCAGAGGUCCAUGAACGUGACAUUUCACGCCACCGGACUGGCUGACUUUGACGGAUAUAAAGGCGCUUGGCGCAUGCGCAGACUUGGCACCAUCAGAGACGAACUAGAUCACAAGAUGGUAGGUACAACCAGAGAGGGUUUAGUACAACUGCAGGGAAUACACGCACAAGCACAUUAG